AUGGCGGUUCCAACGGAGGCUCCAAGAUCUUUUCGGCUUUACGUGACUCAUGUGGAUGGAGAGGGCCAUUUCCUUAAAAUAAGUGGCCAACUGGAUCAGCAAUCAUCGCUUAUGGUCGAAAGCUUAUUCGAAGGUGCUCGCGAAAAUCUCGAAAAGGGUGUAGGUUCUGUUCCACCGGCGGCGAUACACGAAGGUGUCAUUUGUGCCGCGAAAUACAAAGAUGGAACCUAUUAUAGAGCUAAAAUAAUAAAUGUUACCAAUCUGGCCACGGGGCUAGUGGGAGUGCAUUUUAUUGACUACGGCAAUAAAGACAUUAUAUCAUUGAGUACUAUACGUUUCUUAGAUAGUUAUGAUCCUAUGUUUUUGCAAUUACGUGGACAAGCCUCGGAUUACUACUUGUCUCGUGUCAAGCAUUUGUCAGGAAGGUGGGAAGAACCACUGCUACUUAAACUUCAAAGUCUCCUCUGCUAUGCUGAGUACCCAGCGGUCGUGGAAGCUCAAACACGUACUUUGCCCAUCAUAUCAAUUCAGUUCAAGGGUAAUGAUCUUUCCACCCAUCUUGUGUCCAAUAGAAUAGGAAUAGCUAUCCCAGUGCCUCAACAAGAGAGUUUAUUAUUACAAAUGAUGGAUAAUCAACACGGAACAGUCUGGUCGCCGACUUUACUCAAUGACGCUCCAUCAUUUACUGAACAUGUGCCGUUUUUAAUCAAUCAGAAUUUCCCGAACCCUGCUUCAGCAAUGAGACUAAAUCAGACUAUGGGCGUACCAUAUAAUGGAGUACCCAUAUCUGGUGUAGGCCAAAGGAUAAUGGUCAAUAAAGCAGCCAGGAAUAUGAUAAAUAUUAGAGCACCGGCUCGUCAACCUCAGUUACCAACUACACAAAUGCCUCUGACUGCCACACCACCGCCUACAAUAAUAAAUAAACCACCAUCACCAAAAAAGUCAAUAACAUAUAAGAGUAGACUACUGGAAGUUAAUUCACAACAUAAAGUAUUUGUAUCUUUUGCUGAAGAAGGGCCAGAGCUAUUUGCGGUGCAACUUGUGACCGAUGCUAAGAAGCUACAAGAUAUGAUGGAUGACAUCAAUAGAAGACCACAUAGCAGUCUAGCCGAACCACCAAUGAUUGGAACGGUUUGUCUCGGCAGAAUGUCUGGAGACCGAAUCAUUUGCAGAGCGAUUGUAAUGAACCUAUCCGGAUCACAAUGCAAGUUAUUCUUCGUCGACUUUGGUGAUACAGAAAUGGUAUCCUAUUAUGAUAUUUUCGAUAUUCCCGAAGAGUUUGUGAAGCCCAAUGUAUUUGCUAUGCGUUUCUGUUUGUCUGGCGUUAAAAAAUUGGAGAAGAGUCCACAUCUAGUUGAAUCAUUCAAACAGCUUGUUAAUGGAAAAGUUUUGACUUUAAGAGUGGUGGCUCCAGAAGGUCCACCGUUGAUACAGUACGGGGAACUGUACUUAGAUAAUAAAAAUGUGCUCGAUUUAUUAAUGGCGAAUAUGAAGGAUAAAUUACAGUUUAAGUGGAUGGAAAUGUUGACAUUGGGAUCUAAACAAUCUGUAUUGGUUUCAUAUGUAGAUAGCUGUAUUAAAUUUUACAUACAGCUAUCUGAUAAGAUAGACGAGCUUGGUGCUGUGAUGAAAGCUGUUAAAGCUCAUUGCGAGAACACUUCAUCGCCGGGUGAAUUACCAGUUGGGGCUGUCUGCUGUGCACGAUUUCCCGAUGACAACAAUUGGUACCGAGCCCUCGUCAGGGAAUCGAGAGGCAACAAAGUUGUAGUGGCAUAUGUCGAUUACGGCAAUGAACAAGAGGUUGAUGUAGAAGACUUGAGGACAAUUACUCCAGAUUUGAUCACAUUACCGGCACAAGCAAUGAAAUGUGCAUUAAGGGGUUUCGAGAACAGACCAGUGGAAACGAAGACAUCGAAUCAACUGGAAAUGCUCGCUCUAGAAAAGACACUAAUGGCUCACAUAUCUGGUGUCCUAUCCAGUGAUACGAUGCUCGUGACACUAGUGGAUCACACUGUGAACCCACCGCUGGACGUAGCAAGGAGAAUGAACCAGCUAUCACAACCUAGGAUGAACCCUGAGCAGACGAAACCUGUCACCCCAGUUCGAAAGGACGCUCCUGAAACGUUCAGUUCACCUGAAAGUAGCAUCCCUGAUGAUAAGAAGAACUUCCGGCGGGAGAAGAGCUUCCGGGAGGAGAGGAAACAGAAGGAGGGAGAAGAGUUUGGACAGAGAGGAGGAAGCUUCAGAGCUAGGGAACAAAAAGAAGGCUUUGAUAGAUCUGGACCCGGAAGGCACAGUGAUAAGUUUGGCGCUAAAUCCGAAAGGGGUGACAGGCGCGGCCGUCCCCGGGAAGCGGGCGCCGGCUCCACGGACGGGGAGGAAAGUCGCCAACGGGACAGAAAAAAAACGAAAGAUCAACAAGACAAGAAGACUUGGAAGAAAGAAACUAUGGGUGUUGGCAAGAGAUUGAGGCAGGCGGCUGAGGCGGCCUGUGUGGACGCGCAGCACGCGAGGAAUACACAGCAGGAACGAAUUAAACGGUAUAACCAAGACGAGGAAACAGAUGACCGUAGUAAUAAAGGAUUUAGACCAGACAGAAGGGAGAAUCGAGAUCGAAGAGACAAUUGGGGCGACAAAAAAGAUAACUGGAAUCAAAAGAGGGAGUUUCGUGAUAAUAGAGCUGAGAGAGGGGAAAGAAAUGAUAGAGAUAGAAGUAGUAGAGGUGGUAGAGGCGGCAGAAGUAACUUCACACCAAGAGAUAGAGCUGAGAGGUCAUACACAGGAGACAGCGAUAAGAGAUCUGAAAGAAGCUUCCGAUCACAAGACAGUGGCAAUGACCGCAGCGGCAGAGCACCACCAUACAAGAAUAAGAGCAAAUUCACUCAAGUCCAAUACAAAGAACUAUCAAACCCUCUGCCACUCGAAACGCCAUUCACUGAACCAUCGGUGGAAUUAAACUCACAGCAAGAAGUAUCAGUGACAUGGAUCAUCUCACCGGAAAACUUCUUCACACAGAUAUUGUCGUUGCAACCGAAAUUCUUAGAAAUGAUGCACAAAAUACCCGAGCUAUAUAAAGGUGUGAAGUCUUACACCGGUAAUGUUCCCAUCGGAGCGUCCGUGUUAGCCAGAUAUCCGGCAGAUGGCGUGUUAUAUAGAGCUACGAUAGUAUCCGUCCAACCUUUCUCUAAAUUUAUCGUGCGUUAUGUCGAUUUUGGUAACAAACAACUGGUUGACGCCAAAGAUAUAUGGCAGAUGGAAUCUGAACUAAUGGAACUGCCAAAGAUGGCUGUCCAUUGUUCUUUAGCGGGGGUCGCGCCUAAAGAUAGUGAAUGGAAGUCUGAUCCAGAAAUAGAUUUGUGUUUCAAUGCGCCGCGUUACCAGUGCGUGUUCCAGGAAUAUGUGGAUGACCAAUUCAAAGUGUCUCUAUGGAAUAAUGGUGUGAGCGUGGCCGAUAUGCUGGUUGAAAAGCAAUUGGCUGUCUUGUCUGAAAACCUUUCAAGUGUCACGCUGAAAGAUGAGCCCAUUGAUUUAACAAUUAUUGUUGGCCAACAAAUGUUAUGCAAAGUCACAUUUGUGGAAUCAUUCGAAAAGUUUUAUGUGCAGUUGGAUUUGGAUAAGGCUGAUUUAGUUGAGAGUGCUAUAGCCAACUAUAAUAUAUCGAAGCUAUUGCCAUUAUCGGCGGAGAAUCUAUCGGAAGGAAUUCAUUGUAGUGUGAAACACGAGGAUAAAGUCUAUAGAGCUAUCAUCAGUGAUGCCUCCGAUAAAGAUAAUAUAAAAGCUGACUUACCUGACUACGGCAGCACUAUAACUACGUCAUUGAGCAAUGUCAUGAACCUACCCACAGAUUUUAGCGUCUACUACUAUCAAGCAUUGCAAUGUUGCUUAAAUAACUACAUGGAGACAUCUAAGAAGUUGCUGUCUUUAGAUGAAUUGAAGGAAAAACUAACUGGGAAAAAGUUUAUAAUCUAUAUUAACGAUGUUGAAGAUAUAACAUUGGUUUCUACACUCUAUGAUCCCAUAACUGGCCAGAAGAUAGCAAUAUUCGAGCCCGAUGAAGGCGCUUACGACGCAGUGAACCAACUUUGUACAAGAGCUGUCUUUAAUUAUAACUUCGGCAACGCCUACAUAUCACAUAUAGAAAAUCUAAAUGAAUUCUAUCUGCAAAAAUCUCUCGAUGGUGAUAAAAUUGCACAACUCUUGGAAAAAUUGUAUAAUUUCUAUGAAGAAGGUACUCCAGAACAAUUGACUAAUUUCGAAGCUGAUGGAUUAUGCGCUGCUAAAUCGUCAGAUGGAAAUUGGUACCGGGCUACAAUAAUAUCCUCGUCUGAAACAGAUGUCAGAGUACAAUUCUCUGACUAUGGCAACUGUGAAAGCGUGGCGAAAGAUUCUGUUAAAGUUUUGGAUUCAUCGUUCUUUGAGCCUUGUUGUUUAGCCCUCGUAGCAAGUUUAGGAUUAGUAGCUCUCCAAGAAGAUACAAUCAGCAAACUAACAGAAUGGACCAACGAAAAAGAAGUGCAGGUCACUUUAGCUUUUGGUAGUGACGGUUGGCUCGCUAACCUACAUCUUGACGGUGUUGAUCUGUCUAUGAAGUUAGUGAAUGAGAAGUUAGCUGCACCACAAGUUAAUGCACCAGAGGCUUCCGAAGACGUAAAAACCGCAGUUGAAGCGACCGAGCCGAUUUCCCUACCUGAAGGUUGUACACGAGUGUAUAUCAGUCAUAUAGAUACUCCCGGACACUUCUGGCUGCAAAUGGCGGAUAAAGUAGACAAGAUAGAAGAAAUACAGGCCGAACUACAGGCGAAUGCUGAAAGCUAUGACAAUAUAGAUAGUCGCGAAAUGGGCACUCUAUGUGUUGCUAAAUAUUUGGCCGACGAUCAGUGGUAUCGAGCCGAAGUACUCGAUUCUGAUUCUGAUAUAACAACCAUCAGGUUUAUUGAUUACGGUAACACUGAUGUGCUUGAUAACCAGCCAGGGUUAAUUAAGACCAUACCGGAACAUUUGAAGCUAGUGGAUAGAUAUGCGAUCAAAUCUAGUGUGAAUGCCGUACCAACGGGUACGGGACAAUGGUCAGAACCGGCUUCAGAUUACUUCACACAACUUGUAGGAGACAUCUCUUCGCCCGUCGAUGCAUUGAUAGUCCUGAAGGACGUCACGACAUACGUGGACAUCUAUGUUAAUGGACAAAACUUGACCGACAAACUAGUCUGCGAAGGAUACGCCACUCGAUCCGAGGAAGCCGAGUGUGGCGACCUGCCAUCUUGUUUCGCUAGUCAUGUUAAUUCGCCGUCAGAAUUCUGGAUUCAACUGGAAACCGCUGCUCCGGAAUUGCAAGCCAUGGAAUCAGCUAUGGUGGACGCCGAGAACUUCCCGGAACUAACGGAAAAAGAGGAAGGCGUUAUAUGCGCGGCCAAGUAUCCCGAAGAUGGGGCGUGGUACAGGGCACAAGUUAUAGUCGAUGGUUCAGAAGGAACCGAAGUGUUAUUCAUGGACUACGGAAACGCUUCUAUAGCUAAUGAAUUGCGCAGCUUACCAGAUGAAUUGAAAGUCAAACCGGCUCUGUCGAGAAAAUGCGCCCUACAAAAACCAAGAGACAUAAAAUCCUGGUCUCGGAAAUCUGAGGUGAAAUUUAACGAACUAGCCGCCGAGGGGGCGACUAUAUUUAAUGUUCAAUUCAUUGCUUCCGGAGAUAUUUCAAUAGUGGAACUUUAUUUGGAAGGUAAAUCUGUCACAGAAGAAUUGGUUGGACUUUGUGAAGAACAUCCCGUCUCUGAAAGACCGACGCCAGUCGGACAAGAUAUACGAAGCAACGGGAAAAUUUGCUAUGUUAAUUCAUUGGACGAGUUUUAUGUUCAGUUAGACGACUCGAUGACUGAUCUUGAUAAAGUUACAGAGAUCUUAAGUAAAGGUGCCGAAUUCGAACCCGUCUCGGAACUAAAAGUUGGAUCACUAUGUGCCGCCCUCUGGACAGAAGACGACCAAUGGUAUCGGGCGAAGAUUUUAGAGUUUUGUGAUGUAGGUUACCAUGUACAAUUUAUAGACUACGGCAAUAAAGCGAAGUGUGAGGAGUUCAGAAUGUUACCUGAGAGUAUCUCAACAAUAGACGCUCUGGCAAAGUGUUGCCGACUAGCAAAGUUUGCGAAUGAUGCUUCGAAUGAAUCUGCCAAGUCCAAGCUUGAAGAUUUAGUUGCUGAACUCGUGACAUUCCAGAUAGAAUUUUUAGAUAGCCUUAAAGAACCGUCAUUAGUACGACUUCUUUUAAAUGAUACUGAUAUCAGUUCCAUUCUAAUAUCCGAAUCACCGGACAUUACGUCCGAGAAAGACGGUGAAGUCGAAAAUAAAACCACAUUGGAAACAAAUAGUCUCGAAAAGGGUGCCGAAGAAAACUGCAAUCGCAAUGAAGAGGUAUCAGAUCUAGAUUCCUCACUUAAAGACCUGAACGAGAGCACAGACAGUAAUAAUACUGUAAUCGAAAAAUCCAUAGAAAAAAAUGAUUCGAUCGAUGAAGAUGUAGAUGGGAGUGAAACUUCAACUUUGAAGACAAACGAUUCCACUAGCACCCUUGACAACUCGUUAACAACAAAAAUCUCGGAUAAUUUAGAACCAAACAGUUCACAGAAGGCAGAUGAAGAUAUCAGUGAGGGUGAUAAUAAACCAAAAGAACCCUCACCGGCCAUAAAUGCAGAUACUUCUAUAGAUAAAAAUGUUUCAAUUGAAUAG